AUGGGAAUGGGCUCGGAGGUGCCCCCGGGCCGGUGCCAGCUGCUGACUGCUGCCCCUCGUCUCCCGGGGCCUCAAUCUCGGGGACGGUCACCAUCGCCCGCGGGCACCGGGCGGCUGCGGGGCACCGGCGGGGACGGCACCGGCGGGGACAGCACCGGCGGGGACGGGAUUGGCUGGGACGGGACCAGCUGGAACCGGACCAGCUGUAAUGGGAUCGGUUAUAACGGGAGCGGCUGUAACGGGAGCGGGUUCGGUGGGAGCGGCUAUAACGGGAGCGGCUAUAACGGGAGCGGCUAUAACGGGAGCGGCUGUAACCGGAGCGGGUUUGGUGGGAUCGGCUGUAACGGGAUCGGCUGUAAUGGGAUCGGUUAUAAUGGGAUCGGCUGGGGUGGGAUCGGCUGUGAUAGGAUCAGCUGUAACGGGAGCGGCUGGGAUGGGAUCGGCUGUAACGGGAGCGGCUGGGGCUGGGAUGGGAUCAGCUAUAACGGGAUCGGCCGUGACAAGAUCGGCUGUAAUGGGAUCGUCUGCAACGGGACUGGGAUCAGCUGUAAUGGGAUCGGCUGUAACGGGAUCUGCUGGGAUGGGAUCGGCUGUAAUGGGAUCGGCUGUAACGGGAGCGGCUGGGGUGGGAUCGGCUGUGAUAGGAUCAGCUGUAACGGGAUCAGCUGUAAUGGGAGUGGCUGUAACAGGAGCGGCUGGGGUGGGAUUGGCUGUAACGGGACUGGGUUUGGUGGGAUCGGCUGUAACGGGAGCGGCUGGGAUGGGAUCGGCUGUAACGGGAUUGGCUGUAACGGGAUCGGCUGUAACGGGAUCGGCUGUAACAGGAUUGGCUGUGACGGGAGCGGCUGUGACGGGACCGGGUUUGAUGGGAUCGGCUGGGAUGGGAUUGUCUGUAAGGGGAUCGGUUGCAACGGAAUCGACUGUGAUGGGAUCGGCUGGGAUGGGAUCAGCUGUAACGGGACCGGCCAGAACAGGACCGUCUGGGAUGGGAUCGGCUGCAACGGGAACGGCUGUGAUGGGAUCAGUUAA